AUGUCAGAACCAGAGCAAACACAACAACAACCAUUAUUAAUGGCUCAAGCAUCAAUCAUUGAAAAUGAUGAUAAUAUAAAUAAUAGUAAUUCAAAUGCUAAUUCUUCACAACAAACCAACUUCGAUAAUUCCAACACCACCAACACAGUUACAAAAAACUCGCUUGAUCCAAACACAACCACAUUUGAACAAAGUCCAACCACAACAGUUUUAACAAAUUCUGAGAAACAUUCAGGAGCAGAGUCAACAUCAUCUUCUUCGGCAUUUUCGUCGCAUGUUGAUGUAUCAUUGUCCGAAACAAAAAAACUUGAAUCAGAUGAUAAAGUCAGUCUAACUUUACUUUUAGUUUCAGGAAAAAGGCAUACUUUUUCGUGUGAUCCUAAUGAUACAACAUUAGCGGUUAAAACGGAAGUUUUUAAUAAUUGGCCAAAAGAAUGGGAGGAUGAGACACCAGUUUCUGUUUCAAAUUUAAAGAUUGUAUAUCGGGGACGAUUCUUGGAAGACACAAGUACUCUCGAAUCUAACCAGAUUCUUCGUGGUCAACAAGUAAUUGCACAUUUAACAAUCAAGAAUAUUUUAAAUUCCGAUAUUGAAG